AUGGAGAGGUCGAGACUGUACAAAAAUCGAGAUAAGGAUGCCGAAGAAUUACGACGCCGCCGUACUGAUCUGUCGGUGGAACUUCGGAAGUCAAAGAAAGAAGAACAACUUCAGAAGCGACGAAAUAUUACGCUCACAGAGCUCGAUGAAACGUCUCCAUUGAGGGAAAUUCAAGUUCAAACUCCGGAGCGUAUAAAUUAUGACAAACUUAUUCGGGAAAUGCAAUCGAGUGACGAAGGUAUACGGUUCAAAGCCGUUCAGCUAUGCAGGAAAACGCUAUCCAAAGCGAAAAACCCUCCUAUUGAGGAGCUUUAUAAGAGAGGUGCUGUUGAUAUUCUUAGCUUGUCUCUAAGUUCCCCGCAUAACAAUCUUGUUUUCGAGGCGGCGUGGGCACUAACGAAUAUUGCAUCUGGUGAUAGUGUCCACACAGCUGCGAUAGUCAACAGUGGGACAGUUCCAAAGUUGAUAGGACUCUUGAGUCAUCCUGAUAUUAAUAUAGCCGAACAGAGUGUGUGGGCACUCGGUAAUAUCGCUGGGGAUGGAUCAAAACUUAGAGACAUAGUGAUUGAAUGUGGCGUUGUAGAACCAGUCUUGAAAUUUCUAGAUCGUGUUUGGAGUCAACCGAGCGUUGUGUCAAACAUUGCGUGGAUGUUGUCUAACUUGUGUCGUAAUCGCAGUCCUCCGCCUCCUCGUCCAGUUGUCAAAACAGUUGCUACCUGUCCUAAACCGGCUUCUUCAAUAUGA